AAAAAAAAAAAAAAAUAUGUCGCAUAUUGUAUGUAGCUGUUGAUUAAAUAGGGUGGCCUGCAAACACUUCAAGAGAUGGCUUGCCUUUACAAUUAUUUGAGGAAUAGUAGGACAUUAUCUCAGGUUUUUGAGUGGAACGCUGGAUCAAUCAGACAAAUAUUCUGAAUUGAAAAGCUUUUAUCUUGCUAUGAAUAAUGCUCCUAUCCAUACUCAUAAAAAACUGGCAAUUUCAUUACUAGUAGAUACUACAAAUGCUUAUAUCUCCCCCUUACUCGCCCUGCUGAGUAAUUUUGAUCAACUAUUAAUAAGAUAGUAAAGCAUAGUAAAUUUAAUGAUAAAGAAAAAUAUGCUUCGAUUAGACAAGAGUAUUUUAGCAAAUAUGCUCAUGAAUAAUGCCAAUACUAUUCCAAUCGACCUUAACGCUAAAUAUAACGAUGUUUAUUAUGCAAUGAAGAAGAGCAUCGAAAAAAAGGCAAUGUUCAAUAAAAACUUUGCCAAAAGCCUAAGAAUAUGGGAAAGUAAGACCAUCGAAGACGAAGAAUUCAGAGGUUACUUUCAUCAUCAUAACUUGGAUUCUUUUGAAGAAGGAAUGUUUUUUGUUUCUUUCAUGUCCCAAUGGCAACUACAGCUUAAGAAUGUACAUGGAUAUCGACCAUCAGCGAUAAUGGUUGAUAAUUCUGAUACAGAGAUUGCAGCAAUCAAUAAAACCUAUAAUGUUGAAGGAUAUGCUGGUGACGAUCAGACGACUCCAGUUUUCAACAGCAAUUUCGAUAUACUGAUCUGUCACUGGCAUAUUUUGAAAGCAUGGAAAGAGGCCAUUUUAAAGCAUGUCAUGCCAGAGCAAAGAAGAUCUAGAUCAAUGGAAGAAAAAAAGAAAAUGAGAGAUGAAGCAUUGGAUCUUCUAGUGAAAAUAAUGAGCGCCACUUCUGAGUCAGUCUUCCAAGAUAGAUGGGAAGACUUUGAAGAGUGGCGUCAAGAGAAUGAUGCCGAGUGGGGAACUGUUGGUCUUUUAGAAUAUAUGACUAGGAAUUAUAUCAUCGUGUACCGUAUCUUGGGCAUAGGGCUCUUGGAAAAAAAUGAAGCUGUAGUAACUAAUAACGAUCAACUAUACACGACUGCAAGCAGAUUACAGAACAACAGUAUGGAGCUUCUUAACUUCACGCUAAAUAUAACUAAAACAGCUUUCAGCUCUGGUAAUACGCCUCAAAUCAAUAGAGUGGCAACAGAUAUCAAAUCUUUGCUUGAUGAGCUAAGAAACUUUACUCUUGACUCUCAAAGACGCAAUAGUCAUCAACUUCGUUUUUAAAAC